GGAUUCUUACCUCUAGGUCGGAGACAUGGAAGUGAUAUCGGGAGCUUUCUGCUUCGUAUUGACUGUGGCAGUUUCCUAUACUGAAGGGUAUGCAGUACUAUCUUCAGAAAAGCAUGUCGAGGGACGACUUGGAAGAAAGCUCCUUAACGCCACAACGUCAGCACCAGUGGUUGUCGAAGAAAGUAAAACGUUUUUCGAACAGAUAGAGGAGUUUUACGAGGAUAAGAAUAACUUUGCUAUGUAUCUCGUAUUACCCUGCAUCGUACUGGUAUAUGGUGGCUGUAGCGCCAUAUAUUGCUGCUAUAAAUGUAGACAGCAUCUGUGUUCAAAGAAAAAGGAAAAGGAGAAAGAUAAUGAUGAUUCUGAAGACGAAUGUCAUGACGUCAUAACACAGAAUAACAACGACAAGACGUCACUAGUGGGAGGAUCCCCACAAAACACUGCCAUGAAGGUAGCGGCUGUAAGUCACAUGCGACCUGCAUCUAAAGCCAGCGUCUCUGACGUCAACGUCGGGGUAGGUCAUGAUACGCCGUUACCAUGGGCAAUACCGGAAGAAGGAGACGAUAGGAGACAUCAGCAUACAGAGGUCAAGAAAAUGCCACCAGCUUAUUCGGGUCCGUCUGAUUAUAAUAAUCCAAAUGUUAUUCCGAUGCAGAUGAUGCAUCAUCAAAACGAUAUGUAUCACCAUCCAAUGGAUUACAACGACCAUCAUAAAGACCACCAUAAACGCCGUCCUACAAAGGAAUCCCUCGAUGAUUAUGAUGGGUCGCCAAAUCGUAGACGACAGCCCCAAAAACAAGGAUACGACUCCGAUGAGGAAAUGAAAAGAAAUGACCUCCACUGGGAUAACUCACGAGAAAAACAACGAACUGAUAAACAUGGGAUGCCUCCCGGUCGCCGCGAUAGAGAGUCGAGAGACCGUGGCUACUCUCCGACAAACCCCGGAGACAGAUCAACUAGAGAAGAAACAAUGAGCGGACGUUCCGAUAGACGCAGGCCUCCACGUAAGGUGAACGAAGUUAAACCUACACCUCAGAGAAAACCAGAAGAUGAGGAGGAUAGGGCAGGCAAGAGAGAAAACAUCCCGAGAAAGCCUCCACCAAGACCCACACAGCCUCCUAGGGGCCACCCACACGACGGUCACCAGGAAGACAGAUUUAUGAGCCCACCACCUCCGUAUGAGGGGCAUGAACGUCGACCCGCUUAUAAUCCCAAUCCAACGAUUCGUGUUAUUUCCCAAACAAAGGGCGGAGGGCCAGUUUCCGGAAUGGAAAUGGCGAGACAAGCUGCAGAGAUGCUUAGAAUUGAUGAUCCCAAGUUCGGCCAUAGUGGUGGAAAUAAAAAACCUAAGAGGCUGGUCUUUGUUGCAGAAUGAGAAAUAUUACUCAGAAAAGUGUCUCAACUAUAAGACGAUUUUAUUUUAUUAUUAUUUUGCUGUGAUAUAUUUAUUGUGCUGCUCAAAAGACAGAUUCAUUGGAUCUAUUUAUAAGCUUACAGGAUUUAAGCAUAUGCAUAGUGCAUACCUUUCAUUACACUGUUAUUGAAGCACUUCAAACACGUACGUACAUGUACCACCUCAAUACCAUAUCUAUUAAAAUUAAGUGA